ACUGAACCGGUGAACAACUCCACGGUAGACCAAAGAUCACAGACCAGAUCAGAUCACAUCACAUUUUAUCAAAAUGGGCAAGGCAGAGUGCAUCAGUUACGAUGAACAGAAACUACCCUACAUUGAUCUGGGUUCAGCUCGGAUUCGGAUGGAGAAGGAACAGGCUCCAGAAUGGGCAUUGAAGAAGGCACAGGACGAGCUCAGAGAGUUGCCAGAGAUCAAGGAUAAAGCCAUCAAGGAGCUUAGGGAACUUCUUCAAAAUGAAAAGUAUCUGAACCUGCCGCUGGAUGAUGAGUACAUGAUGAUGUUCCUGCGUCCUUGCCAUUACUAUCCAGAAAGUGCCUUGAAAAGGCUCAAGAACUUCUAUCACAUGAAACUGAAAUACGGAGUAGCUUGCGAAAAUAUCAUCCCUUCCCAACUGCGAAAUGUAUUUGAGGCAAAUAUUUUGAACUUGUUGCCCCAAAGAGAUCAGCAUGGUCGUCGUUUGUUAGUGCUCGAGGCUGGAAAAAAAUGGAAGCCAUCUCAGGUGCCUUUGUCGGAUUUGUUCCGUGGUAUUCAGUUGACAGUUUUGGGUUCCAUGGUGGAGCCUUAUUCACAAAUUUGCGGUGCCGUUGUUAUCAUCGAUAUGGAGGGCUUGCCACUUAGCCACAUUACACAGUUUACACCUUCGUUUGCUGCCAUGUUGCUGGAUUACGUACAGGAAUGCAUUUGCAUGCGAUUAAAAGCAGUUCACAUUGUGAAUAACUCAUAUAUAUUCAAUAUGCUCUUUGCCAUAUUCAAACCAUUCAUUCGUGAAAAGUUGCGCAAGAGGAUCUUCUUCCACGGCAAGGACUACAAAGCUUUGAUCUCGCACAUUGAUGCCAAUGCCUUGCCACCAAAAUACGGAGGAACUGCCACCUGGGAACUGCCUCCUGGCAAGCUCCUUGGGGAAUUCUUUGAGUGCUACUCCAAGGACUACGAACUGGCUGACAGCUAUGGAUACAAAGAGGGCUACAAAAUGAAGAAGUAAAAGUACAACAGUUUCCUCCUUUCCUGGAUUCGUAUUUUAGAACGUUAAGUUGGGUCAUUUGUGAUAUUGCAAAUAUUGUCGUAAAUUAAGUCUUAGUGUUGCCUUUAAAUUUAAGAUUCCACACAAAGAUCAAAAGAAUUCGAUUAGGGUUUCCUAGGCAAUAAAAAUGAUAUCGUUUUGUGUAAUUGUUAUUGCGAUAAUAAAUAUGUAAACAUUUGUUAAAAA